AAAAACUAAAUGAUUUUUCUUUUUUUUGGGAAUUAUUAGGGUCAGAUUGACAUCCCUAAAGGAAAGCUAACAAAUCUUAUUUUCAAUUAUUCUUUUCGAACUAGGUUCGAGCCAAUGCCUUCCUAGUGAGACAGGAGUAUCUUUUUUUCCUCAAAAGAAGAAAAGAAAAAAGAUUGUAGUUUUAUCGUAUACCCAAAUUUAGAGCUGCUAAAGCCGAGCGAUCCCAACAGCGACGAACAUGGGUCCUAACAAGCAGCAGAAACAGCGGCGAUUCAAGAAAGACAACCACCGCCAACACGCGCACGGUCCGUCUCAUCAGCUCGACAGGGAUGCAGAUGAUGGGUCUUUGCCGACUGAUCCAGCAGCUGAAGAGGAACAGGAGCAAAAAGUUCCUGCCAUUCAGCUCGCCAUGUGGGAUUUUGGGCAGUGCGAUGCAAAGAGGUGCACUGGACGCAAGCUUGCAAGAUUUGGAUUUUUGAAAGAAAUGCGGGUUGGUACUGGAUUUGGAGGAAUUGCUUUGAGUCCGGUUGGAACACAAUGCGUCUCCCAAGAGGAUCUUGAAUUAAUAAAAAGGCGAGGCUUAGCUGUUGUUGAUUGCUCGUGGGCACGCCUAAAUGAUGUGCCUUUCACCAAGCUGCGUUGUGCUGCUCCUCGUCUUUUACCUUGGUUGGUAGCAGCAAAUCCAGUAAAUUAUGGCCGACCUUGUGAGCUUUCAUGCGUUGAGGCACUAGCUGCAGCUUUGAUAAUAUGCGGAGAAGAAGAAACUGGAAAUCUAUUGCUCAGCAAAUUCAAAUGGGGUCACGCGUUCUUGUCUCUGAACAGAGAACUUCUCAAGGCAUAUUCUGAAUGCAAGAAUGGCGCUGACAUGAUUGCUGUCCAAAACGAUUGGCUUUCGCAGCAAAACUCACGACCUUCAGACGAACACCUAACUAAAGGACAAGGAGAACGUUCUGGAUCUAAUAAGGACGAGGAUGGGUCGUCCAGUGGCUCCGAGGACGGGCUUCCCCCGCUUGAAAGGAACAUGAAUCACUUGUACUUAGAGGAAAGUGAUGAGGAAAGUGAGUGAACUACUUUAUACUGCUUCUGAGAGGUGUUUUAUCUAAUAUGAACGAUAUUUUGCAAGAAAAAGAAGUGUUUUUU